CACAGUGCCUGUGGGUCCGGGUGCACGGGAGCGAGCGGGGCACGGGCGGGGACCGAAGACGGGGUCGCGCCUUAAACCGACGACGGGCGGUGAGCGAGCGAGGGCGGCGGUAUACGGCUGAUUGUACAUAGGCGCCAUGAAGUUGAUGGUGGAUUUCGAUGAGUGUCUGAAGGACUCUCCCCGUUUCAGAGCUGGAUUAGAAGAUGUUGAAGGGGAUUUUGCUGAAUUGGAGUCAAAACUAGACAAGGUUGUUAAGCUGUGUGCUGGAAUGAUAGAUGCUGGAAAGAACUUUUGUAAUGCUAACAAGCAGUUUGUAAAUGGAAUUCGUGAGCUUGCCCAUCAAUCUACCAAGGAUGAAGUUAUUGAGAACAGUCUGAUGAGGUUUUCGGAGAGCCUGCAUGAGAUGGUCACUUUCCACAUGAUUCUGUUUGACCAAGCCCAAAGAUCCAUCAAGUUACAACUUCAGACAUUUGUUAAAGAGGAUCUUAGAAAAUUUAAAGAUGUUAAAAAACAGUUUGACAAGGUCAGUGAAGAGAAAGAAAAUGCAUUAGUGAAAAAUGCUCAAGUUCAAAGAAAUAAGCAGCAUGAAAUGGAAGAAGCUACGAACAUCCUAACAGCAACACGCAAGUGCUUUCGACAUAUAGCACUGGACUAUGUUUUACAGAUCAAUGUCCUUCAAUCAAAAAGAAGAUCUGAAAUUUUAAAAUCGAUGUUGUCCUUUAUGUAUGCCCAUCUUGCAUUCUUUCAUCAAGGAUAUGACCUUUUUAUGGAACUGGAGCCUUACAUGAAGGAGUUGGGAGCUCAGCUGGAUCAGUUAGUUGUGGAUGCAGCUAAAGAGAAGAGAGAUAUGGAACAAAAACAUUCCACUAUUCAACAAAAGGAUUUCUCCAGCGAUGAUCCUAAGAUAGAAUUUAACAUUGAUGCUGCUAAUGGCGUAGUCAUGGAAGGAUAUUUAUAUAAACGGGCCAGCAAUGCCUUUAAAACAUGGAACCGGAAAAAGAUCCCCCACAUCAGGCGUUGGUUUUCAAUUCAGAACAACCAGCUUGUUUACCAAAAGAAGUUUAAGGAUAAUCUCACAGUGGUAGUUGAUGAUUUACGGCUUUGCACAGUCAAACCAUGUGAGGAUAUUGAAAGGCGCUUCUGUUUUGAAGUAGUCUCUCCGACAAAGAGCUGUAUGCUGCAAGCAGAUUCUGAGAAAAUCCGACAGGUCUGGAUAAAAGCUGUUCAAGCUAGUAUAGCUACAGCAUACAAAGAGAAAGGAGAAGAGAGCUAUGCUGAAAAAUUAGAUAGAAGGUCAUCCCCUUCUACCAGCAGUUUAGACUCUGGAAGUGAAUUGAAGGAGCGACCAGUAAAAGGAGAAAGUGCACUUCAGCGUGUGGAGUGCAUUGCUGGCAAUACAUAUUGUUGUGACUGUGGCCAAUCAGACCCUCGUUGGGCAAGCAUCAAUCUUGGAAUCACACUAUGUAUUGAAUGUUCAGGAAUUCACAGGAGUCUUGGUGUUCAUUUUUCUAAGGUGCGUUCCCUUACUUUGGAUUCCUGGGAGCCUGAGCUCUUAAAAGUUAUGUGUGCACUGGGAAAUAACGUUAUAAAUAGAAUAUAUGAGGCAAAAGUUGAAGAAAUGAAUUGUAAAAAGCCAAAUGCAGGAGAUUCAAGGCUUGAGAAGGAAUCUUGGAUCAAAGCUAAGUAUGUUGAGAAGAAAUUUGUGCAGAAAUCCUAUAGUGUACCUUCAACAAAAGGAAGUCCACAGGUGUUACCACUGUCCAGGCAACGUGAAGGCACAUCUGAACAAGCCUCUGAAUCUCUGACUGUGCCAGGGAGCCAUUCCAAAUUUUCAGGAGUAAAAAAUUCAGACAGUGGUGUACCAUUUAGCUCUGAGGGCAGCAAGGAUAUAGUAAUGUCCGCAACUUCCAAUAACAUCUUAGCUGAACCAGAAAUUUUGGAAGCAUCUAAUGUGGAGGGAGGUGGAAGGAAUUCAUCUGUCUUUGAAGAGACAAUUAUUUCUCCUGGAUUGCAAUUGUAUAGAGCUGCUUAUGUUCGAAGUCUUCCUGAUAUGGCAGAAGCAUUAGCCCAUGGAGCUGAAGUAAACUGGGUUCAUGCUGAAGAUAAUAAAGCAACUCCUCUUAUUCAGGCUGUGUUGGGGGGCUCUUUGGUUGCCUGUGAAUUUCUGCUACAGAACGGAGCAGAUGUGAACCACAGAGACUGUCAUGGCAGAGGACCACUUCAUCAUGCCACCAUCUUGGGUCAUACUGGGCAGGUGUGUUUGUUCUUGAAACGGGGAGCUGAUCAAGGUGCAUUAGAUGAAGAAAUGAAGGACCCACUUGCCAUUGCAAUAGAAGCUGCAAAUGCUGAUAUAGUUACGUUGUUGCGUCUGGCAAAGAUGAAUGACGAGAUGCGAGAAUCUGAAGGUCUUGGACAGUCAGGUGAUGCAACCUACCAGGAUAUUUUCCGAGACUUUUCCCACAUGGCCUCUCAUAACCCAGAAAUAUUAAAUCGUUUCCAGCGGAGAUCAGAGACUGAUUAAGUUUUUUCACUUGACAGCUGCAAUCAUUCCUUCAGUGCAAUCAUCUUGAAGCAUAUUCAUCAAUUCAUGUCAUUAUCCAAAGCAAAAAUACAUAGAAGAUUUGAGUUUUAAAUAUAACCAUUAAAUAUGAAGGAGCUUUUACUUGCAAGCAGGUGCAGUGAUUUAUUAUACUCUGAAGUAUGCUGUCUAUGCAAACAACCAACCUUUGCACUUUUUAUUAUUAUCUUUGAGUUGAAGCUAAAAUCUUCUGAGGUGUUUCACCAGUGGGAGAUGUGCAAAUAGAAUGGGUGUUCAAGUUGAACAGAACUUUUGAAAUUUUUGUGUACCCAAAUUAUAGGAAGGAUAAUUCCAUCUCUUUGCUCACCAGACAAUUUUUAAAAUCAUUCUAAAGGUGUCUGCAUUUGGUGAUGGGUCAACUGCAGAGCAGUUGGGUACAUCUCAUAAAGGGAAAAUACUGGUAACAAACGUGCUUUUAGCAACGGUAAACUCUUAUUAGGACUGUACCCUUAAAUUUAUUUCUUUUUGCAGAGUGAAUGUCACACAUCUGUUUCAGGGGAUAUUUUCAUAUUUCCAAAAGCUUUGAAUAGUCUUUAUCUCCAGAAAUUUUUUAAUUGUAGCAUUUUAUAUAUCUUGAUUUUAAAUACUUUGUCUUCUGUCCACAUUUGGCUAUAAUACACAGCUAUUGAUUUGGUGUACUGUGUAUGUAACUUUAAGUCUAUAAAUUGUAUUUACACCUCAAGAUGCGUAUUAUGAUAAUUUGCUAAAUGAGAAUUGGGAUUACUGGAGAACCAGCUGCAUAUUGCACCAUUAAGUCAAUUCAAAUGUUAAAUAGUAAUAACUUCUAAGUUUAUUUUUGGUUUGUUGUUUUUCGAUGGAAUGAAAAUCUGUUGUCUUAAUUGUAUUACAAUUGCUACAUCUCUGGACAAACUUAAAUGUUCCCUACUCAUUUCCAAUGGUCAAACCAUUUUCAGUAGUUAGAAUGCAGAUAUAUUAACAUUCCUGAUUUUUUUUUUCUUUUACCAAUGUUGAAAGAAUCAGGUGACAGCAGCUUUUGAAAUAAGUUUGCUAUUUAAUGGUGCUGCAAUGGAAAUAACAGCUGGUUUAUUCAGAGUUCUUGUAAACGGCUAUGAAGAUUUCUUAAGUUUAAAAUGAAUCAUUUGGAAUGAGGACGCUUGGAAAACCACAUCUUUAAUCAUUUUGUUAAAAGUUGUAUCCCCAUGUUGAAGUCAUAUACUGUGUGAAUAGACAUUCCAAUGAAACUUCAGAAUAUGUUCAGACAUGGAAAAACACAAACUUUUUUUAGUGGUGUAGUUUCUUGUUUUGGUGCUUGUUUUAGUACAUUUUUACAAAAGAAUUUAUCAUUAAAACUUUAUUGAAGUAUACUGAAAAUAGACGAACUACAUUAUAAGCUUCAAAGCAGUCGAGCAAUGUAACAUGUACAUUACUUAUUUUAAUCUUUGUAAGGCCAGUAAGCAUCUGAAACUGCUUAUUGAUCAGUAGGAGGAGGGUUAGCGCAUGGAAUUAUUGUGUAUUUGGCACAUAAUUAGCCCUAUUAUACAUUAAAACUGAACAAUAUUUCCGUAUAGUUUUGAAACUGAAAUAAACAUUCAUUUUAAUUAGUUAUGGAA